AAUUGUGGAGCUGAAGAGAGGCAGCAUGAAAGCUGGCCCUUUAAAAUGUCAGCUCUCCCUUGAAUUUGCACAGCAAUGGCAAUACAGUCUCAGGGAAUGGUCUGUUUCAGCUGGCAAUUUUACACAGUAUUGGGUAUAAAACUGAUACUGGCUUAGCAGAACUGAUAUUCCUGACAGUUUAUUAUAACCUUCUUCCUCCAAGUUUUGUAAUAUUUUUGCACUGAAUGAAAUCUGAAGUCAGGGCUGUACAUUUGGAAAUGUGAAGUGUUUUAUUUUUUUAAUGAUAUUUUAAAAACAUAGCAAUAACAUAAAAUGCAUUCAGGCAGUGCUACGUUUAUAACAGUAUAAUCUAUAUUUAGUUUUUUUAAAACUUGAGUUGGGUUUUAAUAGCCAAAGCUCAUUCUGGAGUCUUAAGGGAUGGGAAACAUCGCCCAUUCUCAUUGUAGAACUUCGGAUUUAAAGUGCAGGUCACCGUACAAUGGAUGGAAGAGCUGACUCCUUAGCGAUGGCUGUACACCUGCUUGCCAAACCUGGACAUGCGAUACUUUUGCAGCACACCCUGGACCAGCUUCAGGCAUGGAUCUGCCUAGAUGUCCAUCUCUUCCUCGUAUCAGAGCGCACUUCUCCCGUUAAGUACUAUGAGACCUAUCACCAGAGGAGCACCAGGUUCCCUGGAACAUCUGUUUUGCUUUUUCUACAUGAGGAGUUUGGGGAAGAACGGAUCUUCCAAGUCCAUGAUUUUUUCCAGCACCCACCCUGGCACCGUGUCCACGUGGCGUGUUCCAGUGGAAAACGGUCUCCCCAGGCCCUUGACUCUCAGGACUUUUAUGGGCUGGAUGAGCAUAUGCCCGUGUGGGGACUACGGCAGGUCCACUACGGCACAGAAAUUCUGCGCAUCACCCUCUACUGUAGCUUUGAUAACUAUGAUGAUACAGUCAGGCUCUAUGAGAUGAUCCUGCAGAAAAAGGCAACGGUGCAGAAAAGCAGCUUCUGUGCCUUUGUACUCUACGCAACCCAAAGCAUUGCAGUUCAGCUCUGCUUGAAGCAGCUGCCUGUGGGGAUGUCUGUUGACUCCAAGGAGUCCUCAGUGCUGCAGUUCAAGGUGCAUGAAAUUGGACAGCUGGUGCCACUUCUGCCAAAUCCUUGCAUUCCCAUCAGCAGCACUAGGUGGCAAACUGAAGACUACGAAGGCAACAGGAUCCUGCUGCAGGUUCAAGGCACCGCAAAUUACAGUGAAAACCAAGGUUCAUCUUGCAGGGGGCACAACACUGCAGAUGAGGGAGGUCUCCCCCACUACCGUAUCAGUCCUUCCUCAUUGGCCACCAGAAGAACCACUGGGCAGCAUAAAAAUCGGACCCUGAGAGCUGUGAAGAAUAAGCAUAAAUCUACACAGGGAGGGGAAUGCACUCUGGCAAGUCCUCAUAGCCCUUCCCAAAGCACUUUUUGUUCUUCUUCCUUGCCCCAUAGACCAGCAGAGUCUUCCCCACGGGAUCUCAGUCCUUCCCAAUUGACUCUGGCUACUAAACGGAGACAUUCCAGCCAUGAACUCUGGCUGUGCCAAAGGGAAGAAGAGGAGGAGAUGAAUGUUGACACAGGGAGCAGAGUAUUAUCUUCUGAAUGUAGCGACUCCCCAUUAAAUAGCUUUUCGAAGGAUUUACAGAAUGGUCUUCCUCAGUCCCAGGCGCCAUGCUGUUCAUUCGUUGGAGCUGAGUCCAGAAUCUGCUUGCAACCUGAGGACAGAAGCAGUCUGUUAUCACGUAUUGCCAAAAGUAAUCAAACAUCAGUACAGAGCCCGUCUGGUUUUUGGUUGGGAACAUCAGGAGCAAGCCAUGGAACUGAGAAGGAGGAGGAGGAAGAAUUCUUUAUAUGACUCUAACUACGUAUUGGCCAGAAUUCUGGUAGAGAUUUAUGCUGGUGUAAGUGUAAUUGCAUAAACUGCUCUGGCAAAGUGCUGCUAAUUAAUGAGUUGUCACCUUCCUGUGCUAGUUCCCUGCUGGCACGAGACCAGGAAUAUAAGCAGCAACUUGCUGAUUUGCAGCAAUGCAGCACCAUGAUUUAUGCAAUUGCACUUCAUGCUGGCAUGAAUCUCCAGUAGGAUUCUGACCACUCCUUUCUAGAUUGAUUGCCCAGUGCCUUAUUACUGAAGUUGCAAAGAGAACAAUCUGUAUGCUACACAAAGACCCUGUCUUUGUGUAGAUACCCCAGCUGCCUAUACUACCUUUCCAUACUAGUGUUAAAAACAAAACUUAAAAGUAGUUUUCGAGAGAACAAAUAUGUGUUUAAACUGUUGGCAAAAUUUAAGAUACUAAACAGAGGAAGAGUAGAUAGAGAAUCACGAGACAGAAUUUCUCACACUGGAGGAUUACUGUGCAAUAGAUUGAAAGAAGCCAUCCAUUUUAAUGUUCCACAAGCUUGCUAAAUGAUAUUAGAAGCUGCAGAGAGAAAACAUAGACCUUCUAUAAAAGCUAUCAAUGUCUGUCUGCUGGAACCUGUUAAUGACACAAUGAUUUCACAGUCUGGAAAGAAGUAAUCUGCUUUGCUGUGGAGCAGAACCAGAUAUGAGAUACACUGCUGGUUUUUUUUUUGAGGGGGGGGAGAUACUACAACUCCCAGAGCACCCAAGUCAACAUGGACAGUUACCAAGCUCUCUUGGGCUGCCAUUCUCAACCUCCCCCCGGGCCGUUUGGACGAGGGCCAUAAAUACAAUAUGAAAGAAAUAUAGGCCGAAUCAGGAUUUCAUAAGUCAUAUAACAAACCUAAUAAGGUGGUGUGUGGAGAAUUAUUUUUCCAGUCUCUGGCUGCUUUCAAAUGUACCAGGGCCUCCCAGAGAAUGGCUUGCUCUAGGGGAUUUGGUGAAUUUGAGUCCAAAAAGGAAAGUGUCUCAUUUCUGGGCAAAACAUUGCACUGAUGUACUCAGAGCUUUACAUUUCUACAGCAGGGUGCUGUAAGAGGGGCUUUUUGUCGUUGGGAAGGAGGGAGUACCACUCUUUGUAGUGAGUAAUAUGACUAAACUAGCACCGUUCCAACAUUGGUGGUUUGCUAAGAUGGGAAGCUUUAAUAUUUGAUAGGUUGAGAAGUAAAUAAACUUUGUUGUCAUCCAAAGGGAAGUGGAUGGUUGGUUUGAACACAUUAGGCUAUUGAACAACGCGAGUUACAUUUUCUCCAUGUGUUUUUGUCAUGUUAAAAUCAAGUAUUGCCUUACUGAGAGCUUCCUUUCAACCUUCCUUAUAAGCUGUGUGGCUGCAUAGCCAUGCAGUGCUGGAUUGGGACUUUGCAGCACUGGGGGGGGGGACACCUGCUUGCUUCCAGUUGCAGCCACAACUCUGCAUGCAUGGGGCAGAGGUCCUGCACAGCACUCUGGAAAAUUGCUCCCUUUGUUUUCAUUCUAUCUGAGUUGUGUCUGCUAACAUUCUAACAUUGAUUCUUUCUUCACACAGAACGUAGUCCUGAAAUGGCUGAUACUGUUACCAUUAAAUAGUUUGAUUUCACCUGCCAAGGCUUUUAAGGGUCAACGAAUUAAGAUGUUUUGAGUGAUAGGGAUGGUUAUAUCAUUUGUAAACACAUAUAACCAUUGUGUUUUCCUGCUCUUUCUGAGGUUAGCUGCAAUCCUCACUAUGGAGAGGAGUAGAAAUGUCUUGGAGGGAGUUGGGCAGAAGCUAUAUCUUCUUGUCAGCUGUCCUCCUUGUUAUGUAAUGUGUUUGGUCAAGAAUAUGUAGUUAAAAGUGCAGUUUGCUUUAUAAAAGGUCUGCUUCGGAAGGACAGGAUAAUUGCUAGAAGUACGUUUUCCAUAAAGGUAGUGUGGAACCUCAACUUACGAACGUCCCUGCCUACGAACAUUUUGACUUAU